AGCAGCAGCAGCUCCAGCUCCGCUCGCGUCGCGUCCUGUGGAGGAGAGAAGCGGCUGAUACCGGAGAUGUCCCAGUCCGCCGCCCACACGGACCUAAACAACCGCCGAAGAAGACAGAAGGCCGUGGGUGGUCCAGAUCCUCCAUGGGACCAGGACCCCCUGACAGGUGACCCAGAUGGACUACCCUGCGACCAACUGUGUGGAGGUCCUGGAGGAGGCCAACAAUCUAAUUUAGGGGGCACACACACUUGUUCACCACAACACUGUUUAUGUCCACUCUGCACAACUAAAUGUACAUCCACACAUGCAUGCCCUCAUGCUUUUGAUGAUAGUUGGGAGGAGGUCCCCAGCAAGACCACCAUCAGAGCAGAAAAUGAAGUGGAAGCCAACAAGCUAGUCAACAAUUACAGGUUUGGUUUCAGGAAGUGGAAGAGUCAUGUGACAGAGCGUCCGUUUCACGACAGGUCAGAUGUCGUAAAAGAGCUGUACUGUGAACUUAACGUCAUCAAGCCACACACAGGUGCAGGUCACCUGGUCACAUGUGGAAAUAUAUGGUAUGUGUUGCUCUGCGGGUGGUGGAUCUCUCUGAUGUACAUCCUGGUCAGCAUACUAAUGUUCAUCACUAUCAUUGGGGCUCCAUAUGGUAAGCUUUGCUGGCAUUUGUCAUGGUACUUCCUAUGGCCAUUUGGAAAGGCAAUUCAGGAGGUCAGCAGUUCAGUCGGGAGGUGCUGUGAGAGGUCCCCCCACUGUGAAUGCCCCAUAGAGAGGGUGGAGGAUGCCUCGCCAAUACUGUUGCCUUCACCCACAGAGGAACUGGUCCCACAGACACUAGCAGUAUCUCUGCACACACCCUACUGGCACCGUUUCACCACCUACGUCUGGCUGCUUCUGGGUUAUCCUCCUCUGGUUGUGGUCCACUCCCUAGCCUGCUUCAUCUCCUGGAUCCUGGUCUUCACCAUCCCUGUGGCCAAGAUGAACGCACGCACCCUGGCCACCAUUCUCCUCAUGGCUCCUGAAGAUAUCUGCAUCUCCACCUGCUCCCAGAGGAAGCACCAACAUUUGGAGACUAAAGCAGUCCUGUGCUGUUACCAUGCUGUGAACUGGUACUACUACAAGUACACUGUUGAUGGGAUCAAUGUGUUUGCUGUUAAUCUCCUCCCUCUCGUAAUAGUUGCUAUGGUGAUUGGAUAUGUCGACAAAGGAAACCAGUACGCCAGCUCUGAUGCCAAGUUCGCCAUAGCAGUGUGUUCUUUCAUCCCUUUGUCCUAUUAUAUCGGUAUGGGUAUUGCGAGUAUCUCAGCCCAGAGUAACUUUGCUGUGGGUGCGGUGGUGAAUGCCACCUUCGGCUCCAUCACGGAGUUAUGCUUCUAUAUCACUGCCCUGCUCAGAGGUCACCGGGCAGCUAACCCCUGUCUACAGGAGAUUGUUAAGGCGGCACUGACGGGAACGCUCCUCGGGUGCAUUCUCUUCAUCCCAGGUGUCUGUAUGAUCAUCGGAGGACUGAGACACAGUGAGCAGAGGUUCAACAGCCGCUCCGCAGGGGUGAGCUCUUCUCUGCUCUUCAUCUCCAUAGGAGGUGUGUUUGCGCCCACACUGUUCUCCAAGGCGUAUGGGAACCUGGUGUGUGACGCUUGCACCAACUCCACGGGAGGAAAUGGCACAAGCAACAGCAGCGGGCCAUUUGUGUGUCACAACUGCCACUAUGAUGUGAACAACAAUGCAUUGUUCCACAGCCACAUUGAACCCCUCGUGUACACAGUAUCGGUCCUUUUGCCGAUUGCCUACCUCAUAGGUCUGAUCUUCACGCUGAAGACUCACUCCCACAUUUAUGACAUCCAUGUUGGAGAGGGACAGGUGGCAGGCCAUCAUGGAGCAGUAGUUCACUGGUCACGGUGGAGGUCUCUGGUCAUUCUCAUCAUGGCUACUGUACUUAUGUCGGCAUGUGCUGACCUUGCCACUGAGCAUAUCCAGCCCAUACUUAGCCUUCCCAACGUCUCUCAGUAUUUCAUAGGAGUAACAGUUCUCGCGAUGGUCCCUGAGAUUCCAGAGAUUGUCAAUGGGAUCCAGUUUGCCAUCCAGAACAACAUCAGUCUUAGCUUGGAGGUUGGAAGCUGUAUUGCCGUGCAGGUCUGCAUGCUACAGAUUCCUAUACUGGUCUUGUUUAAUGCCUUCUAUGAUGUGGGCUUUGUGCUCCUCUUCAGCGAUUUGCACCUGUGGGCCAGUAUCUUCAGCGUGAUCCUUGUCAACUACAUCUUCAUGGAUGGCAAGUCAGACUAUUUUCAGGGCACUGCGCUGGUGGUCGUCUACCUUAUCCUGCUGGCUCUGUACUUCUUUGCACCGUCUCCCCUGGGCUGCUGACAGCGGACAUGCCGAUGGGAACAGCAACUUUUAAUGUAACACUCUUUUUAUCUACUGCACUCCUCCCGUAGACGUAUUUUCUCCUGGACAACAUAAGGACAAAGACGAAGGGGAUCCAUAAGUUUGCUAUAUUUGUUUCUUGAAUCCUGUAGAUACCGGUGACGCUGAACAUGUGGGACUGGUUGUGUGUUUUCUGGCUGCACUGCUGUGAUGACACAAACACGUGUCCAGCAGUGUUGUUUAAAGCAGGGCGUGUGUAAACCCCGGUGAAAAAAGGUGGUUAGGAUUAUAUUCCACCGGGUGACAUGAACUUACGACCUUUACCCAAGGUACCCGAGGAAGUAGUUUACGUUUACUAAAUUUUAGGUACUUUUAGAGAGGUAUAUGAAGACUUGUGAAUAAGCUAAUGGAACUUUUUCAUCUCCAGUUUGCUGGCUUGACAGUUUCUAUGGAACAAGUGUAAUGCUCAGGUAAAAACAGUAGUAGUCCACAGCUGAGGUCAAAACCUGCUGCCAGUGUUUUUAUUCAGUCGUUGUUUAUAUUGGCAAUACAAAACGACACAGUUCAGACAUGGUUUCCUUUGAGGCGACGUUCCCUCUCUCCCGGUCUGUAAGCGACACCAUGCAGACUGUCACUUGCAUGUAGAACUGAUCACCAAACUUUCAUUAACAGAGAAGAAGUGAUGCACACACCAGUUACAGCCCUUUAGCCAUACACAUUUAUGAAACAAGACUUGAGUAUGACCGGGCCGCCGCGACCCGUCCCGGCGAGGCAGCAACAACAGAGCUGUUGUAAAAACGUGUAUUCUGGGAAGCUCCUCAACCAACUUGUACGCACUGUGUCUGACCGGAGAAAUCGAACCCUCUGAUGUGCUGAAACUUGAAGUUUGUGAUAAAAUACAAACCGGUUGAGAUUUUCACUGUGUAAAGUAAAAAUGGAAUAAAGGAAAAUGUUCUCUGUCGCCAUUUUCGGAGGGAAAGGUGUGGACAUCUGGCAACCAGUUGGCAGCAGUCAAACGGCAAUGAAUCUUCUCCGUUUGGCUUGUUCCCCGUUUGUCAGGGGGCGCCAAAGCGGAUUUUACAAAUGGCAAUUAAAAUAUAGACAACAAAAGAAAAACAAUAAAGAACCAUACUUUUCAAUUACAAACAGUGAGGCACACCAACGUCUUCACCACAUCACCGGGCCUGAGUAACCGUUGACAACCGAGCCUGUGGUUGUCCCUGGAGCCGUACCAAGUCUGGUCACAGUGUUUAAGAUCCUGAGUGUCCCUAAUACAUCACCGAUACACAACCCAGCACACAUCGUUAGGUAGCCGGAAUUAUGAAAAAGGCCCUGUCCACUCCUGUUCAAUUCUCAAAGCACUAAAAACAUGCAAGAAGCAGGGAAAAGCCGUGACUGGGUCAUGGUGCAAUGUCCAGCUUAACAGUGGAGUUUUUGCUCAGGGAAGAAAAACAAAUGACCAAACAACCAAGCGGUGUGAUGACGAGCAGCUGCUUGCCAACACGGAGACAUGAGGGGCAGAGAGAGUUGGCCGCUGUUUAAUUUUCAAGAUUUGUGGAUAUGCAAACAUUGAAUGGCUCGUGUGCAGAGCAUCAAGUAUAUCACAUGUGGGCGGUCUGAA